ACUUCACGGAGUCGCUGCCCCGACGCGUGAGCUGAGAGGGAAUCUACGAGUUCCUCUUAGUGUUUAUCUGCAGUUAUAUUUCAUGUUGUUGAUUCUUAGGAGGGUUUUUGAUAAAUGCAGUAACUAAAUCGCGUUUUGACGAGAGAACGAGUUCACGGCACCAAGUAUGUGACUCAGUGACAUCCCUUCUGUGUUGGCCACGUACCAAGUCAGUCAGCAGAAAGAGGAGCUUUGCAGUCGUCAGCUGGUCCAGGAAAAAGUCCUUCCAAUGUCUUUAGUAGACGAUAUUCUUGAUGUGCUGUGCAUCGUCCUGGAGUACUUUGGAGUGCCUCCAGAGAUGCUGGUUCCAGUGUGGGACAGUCAGCUGUGCGGUCAGUAUCGCAGCAUUGUACGGAUGAUUGGGACAAAUCUCCCACUGACACCUACGCCACGUGUCCACUUUCAGAUCCCCCUGCUCACCUAUAGGCCCCAUGGAUAUGUCGACAUCACCAUGGAUACACCUUCCAUCCCCUCAUUCGCUGAUGUCUUGUGGGUCUUUGAGGAUGAGGGGGACAGAUUUGCCAAGACCAGGAACCAUUUACCUCCAAACAUGCGAAGUACUGUGAAUCGAGAUGUGGUGAGAUAUCCAGGACCGGCCCCGAUUCACACCCAGAGAGGAGGCAGACCUGUAAGGCAGACAACCGAUCCAGAUGCCCUUAAGAAGAUCACAGCCCUGGAGAGCGAGCUGCUCAAACUACGAGCUCAGAUAGCCAUGAUUGUUACUGCUGCUCCAGCUGCAGGUCCUAUCGAGUGUCAGAAUGUCCCAGACACACCUUUGAUGUCUCCUCCCCCUCCACCAGCUCACACCUCCACACCUCGCAGUGCUGCUCCUCCUCCUCCCCCUCCUCCACCUCCUCCCUGUCCUGGCUCCUCCACUGAGACUUUGUCUGUAUUAGAGCUGAUCCACCAGCGCAGGAAGAAAGAUCAGCUCAAACCUCAGGGUGCAAGCCUCAGCACGGGUUUGGAAGUUAAACAGGUCCCCUCCAUGCUGGAUGUUCUUAAGGACUUGAAUAAUGUUAAAUUGCGCUCUGUGGAGAGGUCACCAGGGGGCACACCAGUCAGUAGGAGACACAGUAAGGGAGGGGCAGCACUGCACGAUGACCCAGCUGCUCUUAUAGCAGAAGCAUUAAAGAGAAAAUUCAACCAGCAUCGCCUUAAUAAUUCCUCUGACAAAGAGAACUCACUAGAGCUCUCGCCAUUCGGCAGUCCGGACACACCUAAGGUUCCUCACAAAACCAGGCGCAGUCAGGGACGUCCCUGCUUGUUUCCUGUUAACUGAUAACUUCUGUCCCAGAAGGUCAAAUGUGAGACAUCUCACCAGCCAGUCACAGCUCCCACAGAUGUGCCUCACAGACGGAUUACUGCUGCAUCUAUUGAUUUACAUUUCAUUUUUGUUUGUCUGUUCUUUUGUUCUUGUAGGAGUGUUUUUGUUUCACAGUGAACACAGGGCUUGAUACUGCUAAGUUCUUCUUUCAUUUGGAGUUUUGAAUGUAUAUGUAUGUGAAAGCCAAUGUUGUAAACAAAGAUUUUGGUACGAUUGUUUUUUGUCAAUUGGAGUUAUGUUUUCAGUGUUAUUCACAGUGAUAUCUUUGGGUGCAGAGCUCCUUUUAAAGGAGAUAAUGUAUUUAAGCAGGUAUCCACUCUAGCUUAUAGCUACCUGCCUUUGUGUUUCUAAAAAUCACUUUGUGAGGCCUUAUUUCGUUCCUCAACCAAGUGAAAUGAAUAACUGUUUUGAGAUUCACCUAGCUCUGUCCUAUGCAACUGCUGUUUCAGGUUCUUUUAUUUAAUUAAAGUGUUUAAGUG